AUAGAAGUUAGCAGUCAACCAGGAACGGGACCGGGCAGUCUUCCACUCAAUUUCUUAAUCUAUCGGCCUGCACUAUCCCUCCUGUAUGGUGGAUAUUAUAUUAAAUUCUUCUUUCUUGGGUGAUAUGGGGGAUCAUUCCAAAAAGAAGUCUGGAAUCGCAAUGUGUGUGGGCUGUGGGAGUCAGAUCCACGACCAGUACAUCCUGCGGGUCGCCCCGGACCUGGAGUGGCAUGCUGCGUGUCUGAAGUGCUCGGAAUGCAGUCAGUACCUGGAUGAGACGUGCACUUGCUUCGUCCGAGAUGGCAAGACAUACUGCAAAAGAGAUUAUGUAAGAUUAUUUGGGAUUAAAUGUGCAAAAUGUAACAUUGGCUUCUGCAGCAGUGAUCUGGUGAUGAGAGCUCGUGACAACGUUUACCACAUGGAGUGUUUUAGGUGCUCGGUGUGCAGCCGGCAGCUUGUGCCGGGGGAUGAGUUCUCUCUGCGGGACGAGGAGCUGCUCUGUCGGGCUGAUCACGGGUUACUUCUGGAACGGGCCUCAGCGGGAAGCCCCAUUAGUCCGGGAAAUAUUCUCUCCAGGUCUUUUCAUAUUGCUGAUCCUGUGUCAGUUCGACAGCCUCCUCAUCGGAACCACGUCCACAAGCAGUCAGAGAAAACCACUCGGGUGCGAACAGUAUUGAACGAGAAGCAGCUUCAUACCCUUCGGACCUGUUACAAUGCCAACCCAAGACCAGACGCUCUUAUGAAAGAACAAUUGGUAGAGAUGACCGGUCUUAGCCCAAGGGUCAUCAGAGUUUGGUUUCAGAACAAACGUUGUAAAGACAAGAAGAGAACUAUAUUCAUGAAGCAACUUCAACAACAGCAUCACAUCGAUAAAACUAAUCUUCAGGGGCUGACGGGUACACCUAUGGUGGCAGGCAGUCCAAUUCGACACGACAACACGGUCCUAGGGAACCCAGUAGAGGUGCAGACUUACCAGCCCCCCUGGAAGGCCCUGAGCGAGUUCGCCUUGCAGAGUGACCUGGACCAGCCCGCUUUCCGGCAGUUGGUGUCUUUUUCUGAAUCGGGCUCCAUGGGUAACUCCUCCGGCAGUGAUGUGACCUCCUUGUCGUCGCAGUUGCCGGACACCCCGAACAGCAUGGUACCAAGUCCGAUGGACACGUGAGACCAGCCCAACAGUGACGCUUCGAACUCCAGCAUGCUCCCGCGUGCUCUGCAUGAGAAUUGGCUAGUUAACAGCUUUGAGAGGAAAAGGAUUUCAUCUUAUUUAAAGAACAUUAACGCUGGAUUUGUCUAUGAGGAUGCACCAUUUGUUCACAGAGGGACCGGUCUGCAUUGCUCAGGAUCGGAUGAAUUACCAGCCAGUGACAACCAAGGGCUAUAACUAAAGCGGAGGCUGAGCCUCGGAUCUUACCUACAUGGUUGGACAUAGCCUACGUGAGGAUUAUAUCUACAAACAUUCAACUUUAUUAUGAGUCGCUAGCUUGUAAUGAUGAACAUAUCAGAACAUUAUCCAUAGUGGCCAACAGUUGUAUAGUUUCAUCUAUGUAAGUUUCCUAUGUCGGGUUGCGACCAUGACUCUGUAGAUGUGCAUGAUUUCUAGAGAUGAUUUAAAAUCAAGCCCUGUAAAAUAGUGUAAUUAAGUGGAUGGGAUACAGAUUGUGGAACCUUUCAAGAAAAAAGUAAGUUAUUGAUAUUUAUUAUGCGAAAAUGUAGGCUAUCGUAAUAAACCCAUAUGAACGGUUUAAUGUCUAAUGAACUCUGCAUGUGAAAUCUCAGAUGCAGUAAUUCAAUCAAAUAUUAACUGAAAUUUCAAAUGGACAAAAUAAAUCACUAUGUAUUUAUGAAACGGCUAUUUCAUGGUGGUUUUGCGUUGCCAUAAACCUAUGGGCUUAAUCUAAACUAUGUAGCCAGGGUGAAAAACGUUUGAGAUGUAAUAGGCCUAUAGAAUCUCUAAUUAAUUUCGAACCAUCCAAAAUAAAUCACGGUGAUGUCAGUUAAGACCACAAUCUUUCAGAGCAUCGCGUCAGUCAUUAGAGAAAAUCAAUUUGAUGGAAGCUAUCAUUUUAAUGGCAUAUUCAAACAUCGUAAGGCAACAGAAUCACAGUUGGUCAAAUGCAAGCAUUUCUACGUUGAGGCCUGUUUGUUAAAUACAAUUGAGGAUAACACAUUGUUUAUUUAAUUGUCCUCCACAUAUGGAUUUGCGAUGUGAUCAUUCCAGUUUCACUUGUAAAGUCACAAGUCUAGACCGAGGACAGGGCUCGGCGGCUCCUUAUCUACGCUUGGCAUCAUCUGCAAACGAUACAUUGAAUGGAACCACAACAAACCCACCUCUCUCUGUCGCUGGAGUCUGUGCUGAAGGGGACUCCCACCCUGCGAACGCAUACUGGCAUGUCUUGGGUUUAUUUUCCUUUCAGGCAAAAUCCUGGAUAGCCUCUGGACAAGGA